AUGACUCGAAACAACCUCGGGGAUCAAGUCUCCUGGCUGCUGAGUAACGUCGCGAUAUCCAAACCCACCGAUCUCUUCUUCCCACCAGCUCGCGAUCCCCUUGGCCCCGCAUCGUCGCAGUCGCAGAGCCGCUUCAGCAGCUCAAACUCUCAACAAGGGCUUCCAAGCCAUUCGAUUUCUCAACCAAUACCCGAUUUUUCGCCUGUAGGAACCGCACUUCAUGCCUUCAACGCGGUGGAACAGCCACAAGAUACUAGGGUGGCAACAGCAGGAAGCUCUGCCUCAAUGGCGAGGCUGACCUCGUCUGCGAGGCAUAGGAAGCCCUCGCUGGCAAUGAAGCAGCAGCAGUUGCUGACACCAUCCUCGACGACAAGUGGUGGGCGGUUUCAGCAAGCUUAUACGGCGAAGCUGCAGCAAGAAGACGCACAACUAGGGCGAAUCAGCCGAAACCUUCCGUCAUCUUCUCAAGAAGAAAGACGAAAAACUGCACCCGCAGGUACACCGGAUUUCCUCGAUGACGAUGACGACGAAAUCCUCGAUUUGACUGGCAAUGAUAUGAUCAUGUCAUCAGACUCUAUGGCAUUUGACGACGAAGUUGCAGCAUGGAACGACGUGCAUGCUCCAAUCCCAGACCCGUUGGUCAAACGUGGCCAGAAGAGAAAAAGCACAGAGAUGAGCAAGACAGAGUUGGACUCAGACUCCAACUCGGAUGAAUUUCCGGACAUCUACAAGACACUGGGAACACCGGCCCCCAAGGGUAGUCGUUCAGUCAAGGGACCAAAGACUAUACCGUCAAGUAUUCGUCGGGCGACUACUGACAGCGGCGUUAUCGAGGAACGGACCAUCACGCAGACAAUCAGCCGGACGCAGCGCACCUACAAGAUGACGGACGAAGGGAACGGGAGCGGGACCCCGCGCCGCAUACCUAUGGCAUUGGGAGCCCAGCAGGCCCUUGGAAGGACUCCGAGCAAAGCGCUACAAAUACCAUCAAGCCCCGAAUCGAGCAGCAAAAUCAAGCCACUGAAUCUCCAAGCGAGCACGAACAACAAGCAACGUAGCAGACCUCGGGUUAUCCAAGAUUCCGACGACGACGAGUUUGGUGAUGAAGAUAUUGAUGAUGAGCUUCUUGCUACGCCGAGCAGACGUACCGGAGUACUGUUGACAGCAAGAUCAAGACCGUCGUCAAUUCCUUUGGAUGAUUUGGAGUUGUCUGACGGACUUGUGGCCCCCGAUACUCCCUCCAGGUCUGACUCAUCGGUGUUGCAAGCUGCAAAUCAUCGCACACCAGCCGAGGCGCAUCAGAUGAAACCCCUACCCCGACAGGACAUGAACAAGCCACUGUCCCAACAAAGCGCCUCAUCCCAGGGGCAGAAACCAGCGAUACUUAAGUUCAUCUUGAGCAACCCAGACUCUCUGGAGGCCAAGGAGAAAAUGAUUCAGGAUCAGCUCGAGCAGAACUCAAAGGAGUAUGCAAGAGUUCUACGCGAGGGCUCAAGAGAUGACCGCGCCCAAGUCAAGAGCGCAAAGGAGUUGCUGUUGAAGCAACAAGCUGGCUUGAAGGAAGUUUCCGACCUUCUCAGGUCUCACGCCAUGCUCAUGGAUGAGAGAGAGUCUCUUGCAAUGCAUAUCGCCGAUGCUUACGAUGAAGGCCGCGACACUGAAGAGGACGAGAAUCGUUUAGAUGGCCUCGCGGACAAAGUUGGGGACUUGGAACAAUCCAUUGGCCAGCUUCUUCCUGGUGUUGGCAUAGACGACGAAUCUUUUAUCGAAGAUUAUCGUAGAUCAAAGUCGAUCGUCAUGAGUACUCAGCCCGGCAACAAAGAUCUGUCCCGGACAUCAAGGGAUGGGCAAGCGACCACAGAGAUGGACAAUCAAGUUAUCCAUCAGACGCAGUUUCCUGGGUCGUCCAGACUCACCGAUCCCAGGGAUUGUUCGCCCCCGCCGUUUCUCCGAGGCAGACCCGAGCCGUCGAGGAGCGCAAGUGUCAAGCAGUCCCGGCGGGAUGAAUUCGAUGACGACUUUUUUGACGAUAUUGAAGAUGAUUUUGACCCAUUUCAUCCUGCUGCGCCACAAGUGCUCAGACCGACGCCGAAUCGCCGAACUCCUCUUAAGAAAACCCGCCCGCGUGCUCAAGAGAUGUCGAGCGAUUAUGGCGAUGAUACCGACGCAGACAUGCUUGCGCUCGCUCAGGACUUCGAACUUCGCCAAUCUUCAUCCGCCGAAACCACUAGGGGCAGGGGUGUGCUUGCUGCAACCUCGGGCAACGCUAGCCAGCUCUCAAGGGCUAUCGAACCCUUGAAGAAAAGGGAGCCGGCAAAAGCGAAGCUGUCAAUCCCUCCCGAGCUGAUGAAACAUUCAUGGUCUGCAGACGUGCGGAAGGCCCUGAAAGACAGAUUCAGGAUGAGAGGAUUUCGCUCGAACCAGCUUGAGGCGAUCAACGCCACGCUCGCCGGCAAGGACGCCUUCGUGCUAAUGCCGACAGGCGGAGGUAAAUCUCUUUGCUACCAACUGCCAGCUAUAAUCAGCAGCGGGAAGACGAGGGGAAUCACAAUUGUCGUAUCCCCUUUGCUCAGUCUCAUGCAAGAUCAGGUGGACCACAUGUCAGCUCUCAACAUCCAGGCGGUCUCUCUCAACGGCGAAACGAAUGCGCAGAAGCGGAACCAGAUAUUCUCUUCGUUCAAAGAAAGGAGCCCGGAACUCUAUAUCCAGCUCCUGUACGUUACGCCAGAAAUGUUGAACAACAGUCAGAAUUUCAUGAGGGCCUUGACGAAUCUAUAUGUUAAUAAGAGGCUCGCACGGAUUGUCAUCGACGAAGCUCAUUGCGUCAGUCAAUGGGGUCACGAUUUCCGCCCAGACUACAAGGCUCUCGGCAAACUCCGUCAUCAAUUCCCUACAGUUCCAAUCAUUGCACUUACGGCGACGGCGACCCAGAACGUCAUUGUUGACAUCAAGCACAAUCUGGGCAUGGACAGCUGCCAAGUGUUUUCCCAGAGCUUCAACCGGCCAAACCUCACGUACGAGGUUCGCAGGAAAGAAAAGGAGCUGAUCCACAAGAUCGCUGAUCUGAUUAUGUCCAAGUAUGACGGCCAGUGUGGAAUCAUCUAUACUCUGUCGAGAAAGACUUCUGAGCAGGUGGCCGAAAAACUCCGAUCCCAAUACGGUGUGAAAGCAAACCAUUAUCAUGCGCAAAUGACGCCUGAAGACAGAAUCAGAGUGCAGCGAGAAUGGCAAGCAGACAAGAUUCAUGUCGUCGUAGCAACGAUUGCUUUUGGCAUGGGCAUUGACAAACCUGACGUACGAUUUGUCAUUCACCACUCGGUCCCCAAGAGUCUGGAAGGCUACUACCAAGAAACAGGACGUGCCGGAAGAGAUGGCAACCCCUCGGACUGCAUUCUGUUCUUUGGAUACCAGGAUGUCGCCACCUUGAAGAAGAUGAUUGCAGAUGGCGAGGGUAGCGAGGUGCAAAAAGAACGACAAAGGAUUAUGCUCAACAGGGUCACUGCUUUCUGCGACAACCGGGAGAAUUGCCGUCGUGUUGAAAUUCUUCGCUACUUCGGAGAGGUCUUCAACUCGGAUGACUGCGAGAAGACGUGCGACAACUGCAGAGCGGGGGCCGUAUUUGAACAGCAUGACUUUUCUGAACUUGCCAACGCCGCCAUUCGGACCAUUGAGCUUCACGAACGCCUGACUAUAAAUCAGUGCAGUGAGAUUUUGAUGGGAAAGAAGUACCAAAGGACGAUUGAUCCCCAUCCUGACGAUCCCCACGGCAUCGCCAAGGGGAUGAAGAAGCACGAGAUCGAGCGUAUCCUCGACAGGCUCACAGCCGAAGAGGCUCUUGAAGAGGAGAACGUAGUAAACAAGAGGGCCGGCAUCGCGAUCCAAUACCUCAUUGUUGGCCGCAAUGCUCAUUUGUUCACCAACGGGCGCCGCAAACUGCUAUUGUCGGUCCAGGUCUCUGAUAGGAAUAGAGAACCGUUGGCACCAAAGCCGAAAAAGCGGACUAAAAGAAGCAAGAAGGACGACGAGCAGGAUCUAGACGAGGAGCCAUCAAGACGUCUGCCGCCUUCGACGAAUGUUUCCUCGCCCGCCCAAGCCCGAACAACUCUCAACGCGAGGAAGAAGGGCAAGGCUCUAGCGGUCAUCGUUGAUUCUGACGAAGAAGAUGAGAUGGUGCGACAUGAGGCCGAAGACCAGGAUCUUUCUACGCACUCAAACGGCUACGCCAAAGACGGCUUCGUCAUGUCUGACAACGAUUCCGACGACGGAUUCGAGCCACUGCCCAAGUCUCGCAAGCGAGGAAAUACCUCUAGGGAUAUUGGGCCUCGUAUCGAAGGCGACGGACGUUUGGUCGGCCUUGAUGAACUGCAUCAAGACGUCGUGCACAACUUUGUCGAGGAGGCAAAGCAACUUGAAGAGUCUUUGCGCAACGCGCAGGGUCUCCGGAAACCUCUCUUUUCCGAGAAGAGCUUUCAGGAAAUGGCCAUUCGGUGGACAACGACUCUACCUCAGAUGUGCCAGAUUGUAGGGAUCGAGCCAGAGAAAGUGGACAAGUUCGGAAACAAGUUCAUCCCUCUGAUCAAGCGCUUCCAAAGCAACUACAGGGCCAUGAUAGGCACAGAGGAUGGGGACGAAGACAUGAGUGCGGGCGAGCAGGACAUAGUAGACCUGAUCAGCUCCGACGAGAACGAGGACGAUGAGGAAGGGGAAGAGGAAGAGGAAUCCUCGAAGUAUUUUAGUAGCGGUCCGCCUCCCCUCGUGCCUGCCGUCCAGGAGUGGAACGAGCGAAUGAGGGAACUUGACACAGCCCCCCCAUCUCGAACCUCAUCGUCGAACUCCACACGAGGUCGCGGCGCAGGUGCCCGGGGCGGCCGAAGAUCGGGCUCUCGCAAAAGCUCCAGCACGUGGGCGGGCUUCAAGAAGCAAGGGGGUGGCGUAGCCAAAAAGAAGGCAACUGGCGGUGCAAGCAGGAGGAACGGCGGCGGUGCGACUGUUGCAGGCUCGAAGAACAGCUCUAUGACGAGCUAUGUCUCCAGAGGCGGGAAGAGAGGCGGCCGGGGAGGUGGCGGCGGCAUUGGACUGAUGCCGCAUUGA